CGUUUUCCGAGUUCCUCCCCCACGCCCCCACUUCUCCGCCAUGGACGAACGGGGAAUUCGCCAGGCCAUUAGGUCAGCACUCACCUUAGUAAAGGGGACUCUGGACUAUUCCUUUGCCUGGCCCUUAGUCGGUUCGUUAGUAUGUAUGUAGGUACAUCCAUGCAAUCCCCAUACCGGACUCUCAGACAGACAGGUACCAAGGGAAAGCUGUCCACUUAUGCACAUGUAAUACCUGGUCUGGGCGGGCCAGAUCCACCGAGUUGGAUAAAGAGUGUCCCUCGUCCAUUCUGGAGAAGAGCGAAGAUUCAUUUCUUUCUUUCUCGGUUUCCCUCCCUUUUCCUGCCUUGUUGCCUUGCGCCACAGCAUUAAAUCACUCCUCAGUCAGUGACCUCAUCCCCGCCUACUUUCUCUCUUGUUCUGGCGCUCUCCUCUCUUCCUCCCUCUCUCUCUCUUGACUUGACUUCUUUCUUCUUCCUCUCCCACCGCCUUCCUCUCCUCUCUUCGCAGUUUCUUCUGUCCACGGCCUUCCCAACACGCACUCCCGAAUCCGGCUACGUCACCCUUCGUCCACUUCUCCGGCUCAGCAAGCAUCUUGGCUGCCCAGUAUCUUUUCCUCGUUUUUUCCACCCCACCAACCAUUUCCGCGUAGUUCAAUUCCGUCAUCCUUGGACCAAUCUUUUCUCUCUUCCCCGCCUCUUCUCUCUUAAGAACUGCGCCCGGGACGUAAAUUCUUCCCCCCCCCUCUCUUCUUGUCCUCCCUCCAAUCAAUCCCCCGGCAAUCCCUGUUCUUUGCCACUUUUUAUAUAUAUUCUUUUUGUUUUUGCCUCCUUCGUCCUAGGCAAAUUCUGGCGAGAUCCUUCUCUCUUGCCAGCACCUCCCCUACGAACUCCUAAAUUGCCUAUACCGACCCCACCGACACAAUGAGGAAUCCUUUCGAUAUGUCCGACCUGGACUCGCUCAUUGACGAGCAAGAACAGCAGGAGAGCUAUGCCGAUCUUCACGCUUACUCUUCGCACGACGGCAAUCGUUCUCUAUUACAGAACGAAAAUCGUCGCAAUGACAAUUUGAAGGAUCGCUUUAUCGGGGCCAUCGACACGGGUACCACCAGUUCCCGUUUUAUCAUCUUCGACUGCACCGGUGUUCCGGUAGCCAAAUACCAGACUGAGUUUCGCCAGAUUCAUGAAUAUUCAGGAUGGCACGAACAAGAUCCCUUCGAGCUGGUGGAUUCCGUUUACAUCUGUAUCGAAGAGGCGAUGAAGACCUUCCUUGCCCUGGGCCACUCCACCGACGAAAUCGAGGCUAUUGGUAUCACUAGUCAACGUGAGACUGCUGUGUGUUGGGACUGGGAAACCGGCGAGCCUCUCCAUAAUGCCAUUGCUUGGCCCGAUACCCGGACCAAAGGCUUGGUCCGCGAGCUGAAAGCCAAGCCCGGAGCAGACGAGCUCAAGAAUAUUUGUGGUCUUCCCCUGUCUACCUACCCCUCCUCCGUUACCUUGGUAUGGAUGCUUGAGCAUCUGCCCGAAGUCAAGGCCGCAUAUGAAGACGGAAGACUCGCUUUUGGUACUGUUGACUCGUGGCUCAUCUACAACUUGAACGGCGGCCCCGAGGGUGGCCGCUUGGUCACCGAUGUGACCAAUGCCUCCCGAACAAUGUUCAUGAACCUUGAAACGCUUGAUUAUGACGAUCGAUUGCUCAACUUCUUCGGGCUUGACAGGAACAAGAUCCGUUUACCUCAUAUCCUCCCGUCUUCAGACCCGGAUGGAUACGGAUAUGUUAGCUCGGGCCCUCUAGAAGGCAUUCCCAUUACUAGCUGUCUUGGUGAUCAGUCCUCCGCGUUGGUUGGUCACUGCGCCUUCACGCCAGGAAGCGCCAAGAACACGUACGGCACCGGAUGCUUCCUGCUCUACAAUGUUGGCGAGAAGCCGGUCAUCUCAAAGCAUGGUCUCCUGGGCACUGUGGGCUUCCAGCUGGGCAAGCAUCGGAAACCCGUCUACGCCUUGGAAGGAAGUGUGGCUGUUGCGGGCAGUGGUGUUUCUUUCCUGAUGAACAACAUGGGUUUCUUCCGUGACUCGCGCAAAGUCAGUGACCUUGCGGCGUCCGUGCCCGACAGCGGCGGCUGUUUCUUCGUCACAGCGUUCAGUGGCUUGUUCGCACCUUAUUGGAUCGAUGAUGCCAAGGGAACUAUCUGUAAGUUGAACUCUCGGUUAUACAGGAAGGAGAAGAUGUUCUCUUUACUAACCAUGACAACAGUUGGCAUUACCCAAUAUACACAGCGCGGGCAUAUCGCCAGAGCCACCAUGGAGGCCGCCUGCUACCAGACCAAGGCUAUUCUCGAUGCUAUCGAGGUUGAUAGUGGUCACAAAUUGACUCAGCUUGCCGUUGACGGUGGAAUGAGCAACUCCGACAUCUGCAUGCAGACUCAAGCCGAUAUUAUCCAAAUCCCUGUCGAACGACCCGCUAUGCACGAAACCACCGCUUUGGGAGCCGCCAUCGCCGCCGGCUUCGCCAUCGACGUUUGGAAGGAUUUCAAUGAACUCAAGAACAUGAACCGCGCCAACCGCACAACCUUCGAGCCCCAUAUCUCCAUCAAGAAGAGUGCGAGGAUGUACAAACAAUGGUCCAAGGCUGUCGAGAUGUCUCGCGGCUGGACCGACUCGGGUGAUAUGGAUGGUGAAGACGAAGAGUAGAAAUACUCUUUCGACAAUCCAAGGAAGGAAAAUAUACAUAAAAGGGAAACACACCGCCUUCCCACUUUCUACUAUAAUACCUGGAUGAUUUCUGUGCGAUUAAGCGUUGUGCGUUUGUCAUGUGUUCAUUGGGGUUCAUGGGUCUGUCUUGUCAUUGUUUUAUUUGUUUUUGGCCAAUCCGGCGGUGUGGUGUCUUUUCUGAAGAUACCCAGUUCUUCAUCUCGUCUUCUUUUCGAGCAGGUUUCCUGGUACAUAUACAUAUAUAUACUCUUUUAGCUUUCACAUACAUAUUUAGAUCAAAUUUAUAUCAUUUUC